UGCAGCGGCUCCGGCGGGGGGCGCUCGCUCGGCUGAGCGCGCAGAGGGGCCGGCAGCCACCCCCCCCCCACCCGGCCGGUCCCCGCUCGGCCAUGGCGCUCCUGCUGCUGCUGCUGCUGCUGCUGGCGGGGCUGCUGGGGCUGCUGGCGGGGCUGGGGCCGGGGCGGCGCGGGGCGCGGGCGCGGGCCGACCUGCGCUUCGUGGGCCGGGCGCUGGCGCUGGGCGCGCGGCUGCUGCUGGGCCCGGGCGGGCGGGCCAGCGUGGCGCAGCGCUGGGGGCGGCUGGCGGCGGCGGCGGGGGGCGCGGGCCGGCCCUUCCUGCGCUGCGAGGGGCGCAGCUUCAGCUACGGGCGGGCGGAGGCCGAGAGCAACCGGCUGGGGCAGGCGCUGCGCGGCGCGGGGCUGGGCGGCCGGACGGCGGCGCUGCUGGCCGGCAACGAGCCCUUCUUCGUCUGGGCCUGGAUCGGGCUGGCCAAGCUGGGCGCCCGGCCCGCCUUCCUGGGCACCGCGCUGCGCCCCGCCGCCCUCCUCCACUGCCUGCGCGCCUGCCGCGCCCGAGCCCUACUGGCCAGCCAGGAGCUGUUCGGAGCCGUGGAGCCCAUCCUCCCCAGCCUGAAGGAGAUGGGCAUUGGGGUCUGGGUGAUGGGAAAGGGGCCCUAUCCACCGGGCGUGAUCAGCCUGCAGGAUCUGCUGGAGGAAGCCUCUGAGGAGCCCCUGCCUUACGAGCUCUCCACGCCGCGCCACCUGAUGGACACCUGCCUGUACAUCUUCACUUCCGGGACAACAGGCCUCCCCAAGGCUGCCCGAGUCAGCCACUUCAAGACCAUCCUCUCCUUAGGGUUUUACAAGCUGGUGGGGGCCUGCAGCUCGGACGUCAUUUACCUGACCCUGCCCUUGUAUCACAUGUCCGGCAGCCUUCUGGGCAUCCUCGGCACAUUUGGCCUUGGUGGCACCUGUGUGCUGAAGAAAAAGUUCUCAGCCAGCCAGUUUUGGCCGGACUGUCGGGCUCAUGGGGUGACCAUCUUCCAAUACAUCGGAGAGCUUUGCCGGUACCUGGUCAACCAGCCACAGAGCCCGGCUGAUCGGGAGCACUCCUUGCGGAUGGCCAUGGGCAGCGGGAUGCGUCCGGACGUCUGGCGCGAAUUUCUCCGCCGUUUCGGAAACAUCAAAGUGGUGGAAACCUACGGCAUGACGGAAGGGAACGUCACACUGUUCAACUACACUGGCAGGGUGGGGGCCGUGGGGCGCGGCUCCUGGAUUUAUAAGUGCUUCAGUCCCUUUGAGUUGGUUCGUUUUGACGCUGUCCAAGGUGCUCCACUUAGAGACAAGGCCGGACGGUGCCAGCGGGUGGAUAUAGGGGAACCGGGCCUCCUGGUCUCGCCCGUCACCUUACGCAAUCCCUUCCUCGGAUACGCCGGCGGGCGCGAACUGACCGAGGCGAAGAUGCUGCAUGGCGUCUUUGCCGACGGGGACGUUUAUUUCAACUCCGGGGACUUGAUGGUGCAAGACGGCGAAGGGUUCGUCAGCUUUUGGGACCGUACGGGAGACACCUACCGUUGGAAAGGUGAAAAUGUGGCCACGACAGAAGUCGGGGAGACUUUGAGCAAGUUGGACAGUUUGAGGGAAGUCACGGUUUACGGUGUGAUCGUCCCAGGACACGAUGGCCGGGCAGGAAUGGCCACCUUGGUGCUGCAGCCGGAGGCCGACUUCAGUGGCCCCCAAAUCUACAAGCAGGUGGCUGAGCUGCUCCCUCCGUACGCCUGGCCUCGCUUCCUGCGAAUCCAGCAGCUGGAGAUGACGGAGACCUUCAAGCAGAAACGGUUCCGCCUGGUGGAGGAAGGGUUUGACCCCACCCGGAUCACGGACCCCCUGUUCGUGCUGGACGUUGCCGCGAGGACCUAUGCGCCUCUCACGCCGGACAUCUGGAAGAAGAUCGCCGUGGGAGAGCUACGCCUGUAACGGACCCGCUCUCCAUCCCUGGGCAAAAUCCGGACUCUGUUGCACUGGACAAUCCUGGCUGUGUGUGUGCAUGUGUGCAUUACAUAUAGUCCUCGCCAUAGGACUGUCACAGAGCUGGGAAUUUACUGGCUGAGCUGAGUUUGUGACAUUUUUUCCAUGGCGGUUGUUAAAGUGAGCUCUGCUGUCAUUAAGUGAGUCUGUUGCCCAACGGAGCGGUUUGGGGCCCUGAAACCAGAAUUGAAACCUCAGUUUCCAGGUACAAAAAGUCAUAAAUGGCGAUCAGGAGGCAUCAUAACCUUGAAACUGGACCUUUUUGGAGAUGUUUACGUCGUAACGUGGGACGCUGAGCGAUUGGUCGUAAACUGAGGAAUAUCUGUCUUCCUCUGCCUCCAUUUUCACACAACCUCGGUGAAGUGUCUUCCUUGUAACGCGGUGGUCCUUACAAUUUGAGGCUGGAUUCUCCAAUUUUUCUAUUUUUUCUUUUUUUUUGCUGGGUCUUUAAAACCUACAAGUCUUCCUUUUUUUUGUCUGACCCCCCCCCCAUGGUCCCCCCUCUCUCUCUGGGCUGGGUGGUUUUUUUCUCUGAAAAAUCCCCAUUUUUGGGGUGUCCCUGAAGCCGGGAACGAUUGGAACGCUCUGAAUUUCCUCCAUUUGUAUUUAAUUCCUGUUUGGGAAGUUCAGAGUCAGUUUUGGGGACUGAAUAGAUUUUGAGAUUGGACCCAUCUUAAAGACUAGGGAAACUGAGGCCCAGAUAGGAGUCAUAAGCUAAGGGAUCUGUUUUGUUUCGUUUUGUUUUUUUAGGGAUGUGUGUCAUGAAUUUGUACUUAAUCAACUAUCCAAUUUGGGGGUAUAAAUUUGUUAACUGGUUGAUUCACUCUUAAUAGCUAUGCAAAAGUCAGAAACGGCUGACAUAACCAGUUUUUGGGUUUUUUUUGUACCUUGGAUUCUAAAGGAGCCCCUGUUUUCUCCCCACACACCAACAAAGCAAUCAGUGGUCUACCUUGCAAGGCCAGUUUUCAUUGGGUUUUUUGUUUUUUGUUUUUCAAUUUUGCUGGUCAGACCAGAUAAAUCUAUCCAGAGCUGCUCACCGUGAUAUAUCGGAUGGGGUGAUUCGGUUUCAAUUCCACGUGCCUUGCCAGAUCUUUUAAACCAGCCAUAAUGUCUUGUUUCAAAGUUGGGGUUUUUUGUAUUAUUUUAUUUUGGGGUAUUUUGAUGGAAUAAAGAGACUUUGACUUUUGA